UUAUAUAUAUAUAUAUAUGAUGCACCAAGAUUCCAUCCCUACCCACAAAUCAAUACGAUGAAUACCACCCUAACCUUGAUAGUAUACACUUCCAUACUAUGUUUAUUUUUGUACUCCUUCCUCCGCAGGCGGCGGUCGGUGCGGCUUCCACCGGGGCCGAGGCCGUGGCCGAUCGUCGGAAACCUACUGCAGCUGGGGCCGAAGCCCCACCAGUCGAUGGCGGCGCUGGCGCGGGUGUACGGCCCGCUCAUGCACCUGAAGAUGGGGUUCGUGAACGUCGUGGUGGCGGCCUCCGCAGGCGUGGCGGAGCAGUUCCUGAAGGUGCACGACGCCAACUUCUCGAACCGGCCGCCCAACGCGGGCGCCGAGUAUGUGGCGUAUAACUACCAGGACAUGGUGUUCGCGCCUUACGGGCCGCGGUGGCGGCUGCUCAGGAAGAUCUGCGCCGUGCACGUCUUCUCGGCCAAGGCCUUGGACGACUUCCGCCAUGUUAGACAGGAAGAGGUGGGGAUCCUCACUCGCGCUCUAGCAAGUGCAGGACAGACUCCGGCACGUUUAGGUCAAAUGCUGAAUGUGUGCGCCACCAACGCAAUAGCACGUGUGAUGCUAGGGAGACGGGUGGUUGGGCACAGACACGGCGGUGGUGACGAGAAGGCGGAAGAGUUCAAAGCGAUGGUGGUGGAACUGAUGGUGUUAGGCGGCGUGUUCAACAUCGGCGAUUUUAUCCCACCGCUCCAGGGCUUCGACUUGCAAGGAGUGAUCGCAAAGCUGAAGAAGCUUCACAAGCGCUUCGACGCCUUCUUAAGCGGAAUUCUUGAAGAGCACAAGAUCAACGGUUCACAGGGAUCGAAUGGGUACCAGGACUUAUUGAGUAUGUUGAUUUCCUUGAACGAUGACAGCGAUGGCGCCGGAGGCAAGCUCACCGACACGGAAAUUAAAGCGUUACUUUUGAACUUGUUUGCAGCUGGGACGGACACAACUUCCAGUACGGUGGAAUGGGCCAUAGCCGAACUCAUACGCCAUCCCGACAUCCUAGCCCAAGCCCAACAAGAGCUCGACUCAGUUGUCGGCAGGGACCGGCACGUGCUCGAGUCCGACCUGCCCCAAUUACACUUCCUCCAAGCCGUUGUCAAGGAAAACUUCCGUCUCCAUCCCUCCACCCCUCUGUCCCUGCCGAGGAUGGCAGACGAGAGCUGUGAGAUCAACGGGUACUUCAUUCCGAAGGGUUCGACGCUCCUUGUCAAUGUCUGGGCCAUCGCUCGUGACCCAGACCUAUGGUCCAACCCGCUGGAGUUUCAACCAGCACGGUUCCUGCCCGGCGGAGAAAGGCCCGUUGUCGACGUUAAAGGUAAUGAUUUUGAACUGAUACCGUUCGGGGCGGGCCGUAGAGUAUGUGCUGGAAUGAGCCUGGGUAUACGGAUGGUCCAACUACUGAUUGCGACUCUGAUCCAUGCAUUUGAUUUCGAUUUGGCUGACGGGCAGUUAGCUGAAACGCUAAGCAUGGAGGAAGCUUAUGGGCUGACGUUGCAACGGGCCGAGCCGUUGAUGGUGCAUCCGAAGCCCAGGUUGGCACCUCAUGUUUAUCAAACCUAAGUGGGGUUACCUUGGCAAAUCAUAUCCCGUGUUCUUGUAAAACAAUAAAUAUAUUCAUAUUUAUGUAUGUAUGUAUGUAUCUUUGUUUUUGGAGGUGCUGCAACUGUAUUUUGCAUCAUUCUUAAUUAAUAUUGCACUGUUUUUCUUUGAA